UUUUUUUUCUUUUCUUUUCUAGCCACAUGACUUCUGCAGAAUUUAGUAGUCCUUUAAGAAAGUAUAAGCUUGUAUUCUUGGGAGAACAAAGCGUAGGAAAAACGUCGCUUAUUACUCGUUUUAUGUAUGACACUUUUGACAGCACAUACCAAGCAACGAUUGGUAUAGACUUUUUAUCAAAGACAAUGUACCUUGAAGAUAAAACUGUCCGCUUGCAGUUGUGGGACACAGCAGGUCAGGAACGAUUCCGAAGCUUGAUCCCAAGCUAUAUCAGAGAUUCUUCAGUAGCAGUCAUUGUUUAUGAUAUAUCAAGUCGAAAUUCCUUUUUGAACACGACUAAAUGGAUAGAUGAUGUAAGAGCCGAAAGAGGAGAUGAAGCCAUUGUAGUCUUAGUAGGAAACAAGACGGAUCUAAAUGAAAAAAGAGAAGUGACAACAGAAGAAGGAGAAAAGAGAGCCAAAGAAUUGAAUGUGAUGUUUAUUGAAACCAGUGCAAAAGCAGGCCAUAAUGUAAAAUUGCUAUUUAGAAAAAUUGCUCAAGCACUGCCAGGCAUAAGCGGAUAUCAUAACUCGAUUGGCUCAGAAAAGGAUCAAAUGCAAAAAGUAAACCUUAAUAGUAGCAACUCAGAAGCAAGUGGCUGUGCAUGUUAAUACCAUUUUAUAAUAAAGCUUUAUCAUUUAAAAGCAUCUUUGCUUUCGACAAUUACAUAACUAGGCCCA